AUGCCAUUUUCGCGUAAAUGCGAAAGUGAGGCAGAUUAUAUUGGCCUCCUUUUAAUGGCUCAGGCUUGUUAUAAUCCGGAAGAAGCGAUAAAGAUGUGGAAAAGAAUGAGUAAGGUUGAAAAAGCAGCACCACCACAAUUUUUAAGUACACAUCCAAAUCAUGAGGCAAGGAUAAAAAAAAUCAACGAGUGGAUGCCUGAAGCACUACAAAAGAGAGCAGAAAGUGAUUGCUUACAUCAAUUUGAAGGUUUUAGAAGUACAACAGAACGUUUCAGACCAUUGUGGAAUUAUCACCUUGCUGAUCCCAUGGUACAAUCUCCGCAUCCUUAG